AUGCUGAAGCCGUCGGCUCUCCAAUGCAGAUGUAAAAUGUCGAUGGAUCGAAGAAGAAUCGGUCGAUUUCGACGCCAGACGAACAACAUGUACAUAAUAUUGUUAUUGCUUGGAAUUUCGGUUCUCCCGGUGAAAUCUUUGGACCUCGGUGAGUGCUUUUAUUUUGAAAUGUUUGACUAUGUAGUUGAGCUCCUUUUGAGUCCAUUUAUUUACAUCUGGGAAGUUCACGGAGUGAGCAGUAGCGAAAAAAUUCGAAGAGUGACCACCCGAACUCUUAAUCGAAUUUCUCGGCCCAGUUUCGGGCUUGGAAUGCUAAUAGAUAUGGGUAAAACAGACUGCAGGGAUGUUGGGAUGCGUAGAAAAUAAAACCCGUCUCAUUUUGGGGGCAUUCAAGACAUGUUAUGCGAUUUAAUUUCUCAUGGGAAAUGGAGAAUUAUUUCCGGCGAAGGCAGCUCGCGCAGCUGUCCGAUCGUCGAAUUGUUGCGCAAGAAACAUCUUGCAAGGUGUCUGACAACUCUCAAAGUGUCUAGUUUAGGACGCACUGUCGAUUUUAGUGUAAUUUCUCCUUGUUUUAGCCAUAAACUUUAGCACCUCUUAUCUAGUGGAAGAUCUCCAAAAGACACCUCUAAUUAGACGCCAUAACCUUGCGUUUAUUAUUCCGCUUGACCUUGUUGAACGUCUUUUGUUGUAAUUCAGUGGGAGAAAGUUGAUGUAGGCUAAUUUGAAUAUUGUAUUAAUUAUUUUUGAGUUUUGAUCGGCUGAUGUCUAAAGUAAUAUAAAUAUUGAGUGGAAAUCAUAAAAUUUAAAAUUGAAGCUUGAGUAUAAUGUAAAAAAGGGCCUAUAGACUGAUUUUAGGAUGUUUGGACAUGUAGAGAUUCCUUUAUUUGAACUAAUUUGGCCUUGUUUACCUAAAACUAUAAUUUUUUUGGUCCGGAAUUAAAUUUGUAAUUUUUUCGUUGAAUAAUGUCCCCUUAUCGAUAGUCAAAGCCUCACAACUCUUGACAACAGUUGUUAAUCAAACAAAAACGGCUUGUUUGCCGAAAUAAAACCGAUCCUCUCUCGGAUUUUAUUUGAUUUUGAUGGACACUGAUCGAUCCAAAACUAAAUUAAUUUAAGUGGCUAGGAAUUAAAAAUUGCUUAACAAUUGGCUUUGUCGGACAAGUUGGGUGGUAUAAAAAAGAGAAGGUGUUUGAAAAUCGAUAAAUUUGAGACUUCAGGCCUAAAACAAGGUUAAAAUUUGAGAAAAAAUGGGCAAAAAUCGAAAAAAAUUACAGUAUACGGAUAAAAUGACUGAAUAAAGAGCGAAGAGAGCGUGCCAACAUAUUUUCCACACAAAAUUUGCCUAAUUACCACUAAUUGCGCAACAGAUUCUGACAUUUUUUUCGCUCCGAAAACAUGUCAGAACCCCCGGUCUGACUCAUUCCCAUAUGGUCCGGAGUCAGUUCCGCUGCUAAUUGAGUCCAUAAUGAGUCCACAAAUCCGGCGGACAGUUCUUUUUUCCCUCGCCGCCUUCAGAAAUUAUAAUAUUAAUAUUUCUUCCGCCAAAAACCCGUCAUUUUUUAUCUUGGCCCGAAAAUAAUUACCGAUUGUGGGGUAAUUGGAAGAUUGCAGGGGCUGGGAAAUUGCCGGGAACGGCUCGUUAUCGGGGACAUGGAGUUUAAAUUUUGCCGGAAAAGCGAUUUGCACAAUAAAUUUGGAAAUUUUAGGGGAUUUGGAGUAAUUAUGAAUAAAAUAAGGAAAAAAUGUUGAAUAAAGGACUAAAUUUAUUCUAAAAUCAGCUGAGUAAUGUUUAAAAUACGUCCAUCGUUCUUGAUAAUUUAUUUCACAUCAAAAAUUCAACGAAUUCUUGUAUCUUUUUGACCUUGUUUUACCUGUUACUUGACACAAAUUAUAGUAAAAUUUCAAAAAAAUAUUGUUAAGCACUGAUCUAGAAGUCGUACUAGGCUCUAUAAAUAGAUCCUGUUAUUGUUUUUGGCCUUGGUUUUGGAGAAGGACCCCGGAAAUUUAUCGGAUUAGGCCGGACAGGUGAGGUGACAGCCAGAUCGCGACACCUCAAGUUUUGAUUGAUGAGCCGCGCAAAAUGUGUAAUUCGAUAUCUUAGACCAGAGGUUUUCAAAAAUUGAAAUUGGGGUUUUGAGGAAAUUUAUUAGAACUUGAGGUUUUGAUAAAAUUUGAGCCACCUUGUCAUGGAAAAUAUAAUUGUUUGGUGUAACAUAGGGAAAUUUGUGGAAAAAAGAAGAAUGCAGGGGUGAUUAGUGUAAAAUUGAGGUUGGAAAUGGGAUGGAGCUUGAAAAUACGCAGUCAGAUACAGUGGGGGACCUGAUGCAGUGGCAAAAACGUACCAUUUUGCAUCCGGGAAGUAUAAAAAGAAUGUAGCAAAAUGCCUCCCUCUCCAAGUCAAAAAACUUCGUUUUGAAGGGCCCUCACAAAAAGAGCGGGCGCGCUUUUGAAAUCGGAGUUUUUCACCUGGAGAGGGAAGCACUUUGCCACAUUUUUGAUAUUUCCCGGAUGCAAAAUGGUGUUUUUUUGCCACUGGAUCAGGUCCCCAACUGUAUCUGACUGCGUAUUUUCAAGCUCUAUCCCAUUUCUACAAUCAAUUUUGCACUAAUCACACCUUCAUUCUUCUUUUUAUUCGCAAAUUUUCCGAUGUUAUAGCAAAAAAUGUAUUGUCCAUGACAAAGUGCCCCCCUCACUGUACUAAAAUUCGCUUUAAUAUCAAGCAUCACAUAAUUACUUGCAGAAAAAUGCCCAAUCUCGGGUCUGGGCAUGGAAGACGGCCGGAUAUCGGACGAUCAGAUCACAGCCUCCUCCUCGUUCGACGCUCAGUCGGUGGGACCGCAGAAUGCCCGAAUCCGAACCGAAAAGGCAUCGGGCGCCUGGUGUCCCAAGUCUCAGAUCCGAAACGGAUCCUACGAAUUCCUCCAAGUCUCCUUCAAUAAGACCCAUGUGAUCAGAGCGAUUGAGACACAAGGCCGCUACGGAAACGGAACUGGUCGAGAGUUUGCGCAGCAGUAUAUGCUCGAUUAUUGGCGACAAGGCACAACCAAAUGGAUAAGAUAUCGGCUGAGGAAUGGGACCGAUCUUAUUGAAGGAAAUUUUGAUACAGUUACCCCAGUUCAACGAGUCUUGGACCCACCAAUCAUUGCCCAAAAGAUUAGAUUGGUCCCUUAUUCGGUGCAAACCAGAACAACUUGCAUGAGAAUGGAGGUUUAUGGAUGUGAAGAUCAAGAGGGACUGCUGGGAUAUAGCAUUUUGGAGCCGGAAAUGGAUGGAGUUGAAGAAUUCAAGGAUGAAAUUUUUGAACAAACCAGCUGGACAGAUGGGAAUCAGAAAAAGUAAGGGAGAAUGGAGGUUAGACAUAGUCAAUGUCCAAUUUAGAUUAUUUGGACAUUGUUUUAGAGAAAUUUUUAAUAUUACACUUGAUUUUUAAAAAGUAAAAUGGCUGAAAGAGACUUGUUUUUGAUGAAUAAAGCCACCAGGAGUAUGAAUAAAGGGUUUGAGAUAUGAAUUAGGCAAAUUUUGGAUGUUUUUAUACUGUACUUUAUGUUUUACCUGGUCUUUUAAAAAAUAGUUGAAUAUUUCAAGAUUUUGGUUUAAUUUAAGGAUGUUAAUGGGGUUUAUAGAGAACUCAGACCCUUGAUUUUACAUUUUCUUUAUUAAAUUUGUCUUUGCGAUAGCUAGUUUGACUAAAAUUUGAAUUUUUUUCAGAGGUCUCGGCCUCCUAACUGAUGGCAUCAUUCCAACUUAUCCCCCAAUCGACCCCGUCUUCCAUCUCCCGGUGAAAAACUCGACUUGGCUUGCGUUUAAGCGCUCCGACUCGGACGGUCGAAUCCGAAUCCAGUUUGACUUUGAAUCCGACCGACAAUUCGCGGACAUGGAAAUUUUUGGGUAUGGCCGGCCAUUGGAAAAAAUUAUUGUCGAAUUCUCAAAUGAUGGCAACAUCUAUGAACACCCAAUGGAGUCAGAUUACCCACAGAAUCUCCUGAACCAACAGCAGGAGCUGUACUCGGUUAAAGUGCCAUUAAAUGGGCGGAAAGCCGGCUUCGUACAGGUUUUGAUGAAGUUUUCGACGGAUUCGACGUUUUUGAGCGAAAUAAGGUUCAAUACAGGUGAGUUAUGAAAGAAUUAUCAGUGAAGAAGGUUUUUAAUGGCACUAGGAGGAAGACGAUUGCACUAGACCACUUUUGCAGAGACUUGAGAUAUUAUACGUGAUGAUUUUUUGGGAUUUUUAGUUUUUUUUGUCAUUUUUUGAAAAAAUUGCAGGAUUAAUUAGAGAAUUAGAUGCUAAUAAGAAUAGUGAAGGUUUCCUGGUUGUCCGACACCUCAUUUAAGAUAGUAAUUUGAUCAAUUUCCAGGUGAAACAUCGCCAAUUUCAGUGGUGAUUGAAGAUGAUUACGAAUUUCGCCCAUUCGGUUAGUAGAAACGGUGCUUUUCGGUAAUUAUGAGUUGUAAAAUAUAGUUUUUUUUUAUAAAAUCCAAAAUGUUUUGUUACCGUAUUUUACAACUCAAAUUGAAUUUUAACCCGGAUGUCGUAAAAUUUUUGCUAAUUUGCUUUUUAAAAAUUUUCUACUGUAUAAUAACUGGUGAUAUAGUGGAUAGAAAUACUGCCUAAUGUGUGAAAUGGUCGUCUUUAAUGUUUGAAAUUUUUUUAUAACUCGUAUUUUACAUCUUUUUAUUGGUUUUUAUGCUUUUUUGUGGUUAGCCGUCAUGUGUAAUUAAAAUUUGAUCUAAUUUUUGCCUUUCAGACUUCAAAAAUGCCACAACAUCAAUUCUGGAGGAGUUUUCGUUCAAUUCGAACAAACAAUCGCAGAUUUACUACCUGUUUAUCACCGUGAUGAUCAUCAUAUUGGUCGCCAUGACCGCCGCACUGUGCGGACUUUUGAUAUUCCGCAGGAGGAAGCGUCACGGCUCGACGGAGAAAUUGAGCUCUCUGGGAUCCCCAUCGUCCAGAUCGACCGCCGCGACAACAAUGUCGCGAGAUUUGAAGCCCACAAAUACGUUAAUUACAACCUUACCAUUAAAUGGAGGCCAGCCGAGACACGUCAUUCAUAGUCAUAGCUUCGCCCCACAUCAUGGACUGUACGGCCCAAUAAAAGGAAAUUUGUAUGGAGAUCAUAGAGUAGCGGCGUCGACACAGAGGUUAGAAUUUUUAUGAUUUUUUUUUUGUUUAGGUGAUCUCUCCGGAAAUCUUGAUUUUGAUAUUUAAAAUAAUGUUUUUUUUGUAGAAUUCUUGGUCUGGCACCCCCUUCGAGAUCAUGUUCCGGCACCCUGUUCAAAGAUCACCAUCAACCAUCCCUCCUGGACAUCCAUUUCCCACCUCCACCACCGUCGGACGCCUCAACUUGCCGCCUGGAACCGGCCCUCUCGAACAGCUCUUCCGAGGGAAUUUACGCAGAGCCAAGUGUGCCUUUGUUGGGCUCGAGAAGGUGUGGAACGCAAAAGAGACAGGUCCCAAAGACCCGGAAUUUGAAGGAGAACACGUUGAGCAGGAAGAAUAAAACGUUGCCGUUGAGGUGGGAAAUUGUUUUUUUUUGGUUUUUUAGUUUUUUUAUGAAUUUUUGGGAUUUUUAAUUUCGAUUUUUUAUGAAUUUUUGAGAUUUUUAAUUUCGAUUUUUUCUGAAUUUUUGGGGUUUUGCCCUUCUAGGAUCCAUUUCGGAUCGUUUGUAAAAAAAUUUAGUCCGAUUUUUGGGUUUUUUUUUUAUUUUUUUUGACCGAAAAUUACCUAAAAUAUGUUCAGGGCCCGUCAAGAAGAGGAGGAACAACAUUACGCCAUCGCCAAUUUCGCCAUGCUCCCGGUUGAUCGCCCCUCGUCCAAUCCCGGCUAUUCUGCCUUCCAUCCCUAUCAACAUCAUCAGCCUCGGACGAAACUUAUCCCCAGAGCCAAUGUCCAGUUCAUCGAGAAGAUUGGCGAAGGACGAUACACUCAGAUCUUCUCCUGCUACGUCUCCGAAGCCACCAAGAAGUAUAAAGCGGCCAUAAAAUUCCAGCAUCAAGAGGCGGAAGAGGCGAGAAUGGCGCUUCAAAGCGAGAUCGCAUUAACUCACGACAUUCUCCAUGCCAAUGUGAAUCAAUGCCUGGGACAGACGGAGGACGGCGCGAUUAUCACGAAUUACUGCCCCUACGGAGAUGUGAGGCAGUAUAUGCAGAAAUAUCAGAGCCUGCCGAGGAUGCGGCUCAUCCAGUUUUGCACGGAAAUUGCCGCCGGACUCGCCUACCUGGAGCAGCGCGGAAUUGUCCAUGGACAUCUCAGCCCCAAGAGCUGCUUAUUGGAUGAGAAUUUGGGGGUGAAAAUUGCAUCGCCGAGGGGACCAAGUCAUCAUGCGCAGUUGAGGUACAGCGCACCGGAAGCAAUUGUUUUGGUAAGUGUUUUGAGGCGGUUUUUUGGAGGGAUUGUGGUGAUUUUGAGUGGGAAAAGUUGGAAGAGUGAUUGAGGGGAUUUUUAAAAGCUGUUCAAGGGGUUUUAUUGUGUUUGAAACAGAUUUUUUGAAGUUUUUUGGUAUUCUUUGUACAAGAUUUUGAUUUUUGGAAAUUUUAUGAUUUUUUUAAAAUUUGGCCUUUUUUUAGAAUAACUGGUCCAACCGAUCGGACGCCUACUCCUUUGGCAUGACUGUUUGGGAGAUCCUGCACGGCUGCACUCAACCUCCCUAUCAUGAUCUCACUAAUAAUGCCCUAUUUGAGAACGCCAGAAAUCAAUUGGAAUCUUCGCCAGCGGCGGUAAGGGAUUUCGUAAAAUAAAUUUGACUUUUUAUUGUGUUUUUGAGACUAUUUUGGUCUUUUUGAAACCUAUUUCAUAUGUUUUUGACGAUAAUUUUUUUUCAGGUAUACCCACCGUUUGAUCAGACCCUCAUGAACUCGAUAGACAAGGAAAUAAUCGACCUAAUAAGGGAUUGCUGGUCCAGUCACCCCGAACAGCGACCAGGGUUCUAUGAAAUCCAUGUGUUCUUUGUGCGGAAACAGCUCAACUCUCAGAAUUCACUGUAA